CUUUGUUUAAACUCGUACAAAAGCUUGGUGCAGUGUAGUGUGCAGCUUGAAAUGCCAAAAUCUCUCCUCGUGGCUUUAAAAGCUCAUGUAGUUUCACCUGUAACAAUGCAUCAUUUUUAUAGGAUGAGGCUCAUAAUGUGUGGAUGUGAAACUGCAAAGUAACUAGUAAGACUGUUAUCUGUUAAAUAAAGUGGAGGGGAGGAAAAAGUACAACAUUUCUCUCUGAAAUGCAGUAGAGGGGACGUAUGAAGUAACAUAAAAUGGAAAUACUCAAGUAAAGUACAAGUACCUCAAAAUAUUACUUAAGUAUAGAACUUGCCGACCACUGUACAACAGCACACUGGUACAAACCUAAUGCAUCUGUUGUCUUCUUUAUGUUUUGAUGUUCUUGACAGGAAAUAGUUUGAGGUGUCGCUAAACAAUCAGUUUAACUGUGUUUUAUCCAUCUGUUGUUUGCAGAUGAUGAGUUACGGGAAUAUUGUGCACUUCUAGUAGAAGUACUCCUCGCCUACAGCACCACGCCACUGCCCUGUCAGCUCACACCAAACGUGUGGGAUGUAACUACCACAUUUUUAGUUCAGCUACAAUAUAAAUAUUGACCUCUUUUCUCACGCAGUAGAUGCCUCCUGUGAAGACUCACUUGUUUGACAGCUAUUUCCUGCAUUAAAAGAGAGCUUUGGGCUUAAAAACCUUCAAAACCUGUCCCAACCCCCCUCUGUCUUAUUUUUUAGGGCUUGUAGGAAAAAUGGGGAUGAUUUCAGGGUUCAUUUUUCUGUGCAUGCUCCAAGCUGCGAUCCCUCAAGAUCUGACCCCUCGUGGACCCAGGCCAAUUCCUGGGCGAGGUGACAGUCCAGAACCGACUCAGCCUCCGCUCCCAAUCGAGCCCACGACAAGACCCAAAGGUUCCUGGAAAACCGAAUGUCCCAUCAAGCUGUAUUUCACCAUCGACACCUCAGAGACGGUCGCCUUACAGGAGUCCCCGUCUGGUGCCCUGGUGGACAGCGUCAUAGAGUUUGCCAAGAUCUUCGCCCAGAAGCUGGUUGAUGAGGAGUACAAAGGCCAGAUCCAGAUCACCUGGUCCAUAGGAGGCCUGCAUUUCUCCCAGGAUUAUUUCGUGUUCAGCAACUUAACGACCAGGGAGAACUUCAUCAAGAACCUCCAGAAAAUCACAUACAUGGGCAAAGGCACCUACAUCGACUGCGCCCUGGGAAACAUGACCAAGCAAGUGACCACCCAAUCCUCGGGGACGAAGGCAGUCCUCUUCUCUGUGGUCAUCACUGAUGGCCACGAGACAGGACAUCCAUGUGGAGGGAUCAAAAUGAUGGCAGAGAGGGCCCGGGAGAAAGGGAUCCACAUUUUCUCAGUGGCAGCGUCUGCUUUGCUUGAUGAAUUAGUGAUGACAGAGAUAGCCGACUCGCCCUCUGAACUUUACCGUGACAACUACACAGCUGUGGACAUCGUUCACGGGCGACCGGAAAUAAAUUCUAAAUCUAUCGAUCGUAUCAUAAAAGCCAUGAAAUACCAAGCUUAUUUGCAGUGUUACGACCAUGACUGCACGACCAUUCCUGGAAUGCCUGGACCAAAAGGGUUUAAAGGUCCAAAAGGUAUAAAAGGAAACUCAGGUCAUGCUGGGUCAAAAGGUGAAAAGGGUAAACAGGGUGAUCCUGGCAUUGAAGGUCCAAUCGGACAACCUGGUCAAAAGGGAGAGACUGGUUUGAAAGGUGACAAGGGUACAGUCGGAGAAUUUGGAGCAAAGGGUGCAGCAGGUGUACCUGGCAGGAAUGGAACUGAUGGCCAAAAGGGUAAAUUUGGCCGAAUUGGAGCUCCUGGUUGCAAGGGGGAUCCAGGUGAUAAGGGACCAGAUGGCUACAAUGGAGAAGUUGGUGACAGCGGGCCACGUGGUGACCACGGAGAAAAGGGUGACCAUGGCCCCCCUGGGAAGCCGGGCCCCUCUGGUCCUGACGGUAAACGAGGACCAAAGGGAGAAAGUGGAAAUCCUGGAAAUCCAGGGCUACCGGGAGAAAAGGGACCAAAGGGGCAUAUAGGCUUACGUGGACCAAAGGGUGAAGAGGGAAGGAGAGGAGACCCUGGAACAAAGGGAGCGGCAGGUUCUGAUGGGCCAAAAGGAGACAAGGGAGAACGAGGGCCACAUGGACCCAGAGGUCAGCCUGGAGAAGAUGGAUUCAAGGGUUCAAAGGGAGACCAAGGACUACCAGGACCAAGGGGUCAGCCAGGAGAACCAGGGGGCCCUGGACCAAAUGGCACCAAGGGAAAUCCAGGAGAUCCUGGACCAAGAGGAGACUCUGGAUCCCCUGGACCAAAGGGAGACAAAGGAAGACCAGGAUUUAGCUAUACUGGACCGAGAGGACCCACUGGAGACAGAGGUAAUCCAGGCAGGAGAGGACCCAGAGGCGGCAGAGGUGAAUGUGGUGCCAAAGGAGAUCCUGGCAACAAAGGAAAACCAGGAGAGCCUGGGGAAUCAGGUCAGCCAGGUGAGCCAGGAGAGAGAGGACCCAGAGGACAACCUGGAAUUGAUGGGGAACCUGGACCAACGGGCGAUCCUGGGCUUACUGAGUGUGAUGUCAUGACUUACGUCAGGGAGACGUGCGGUUGUUGUGACUGUGAGAAACACUGUGGAGCUCUGGACAUUGUAUUUAUAAUUGACAGCUCAGAGAGUGUUGGGCUGACAAACUUCACGCUGGAAAAGAACUUUGUUAUCAACACGAUCAACAGGCUGGGCUCUAUGGCCAAAGACCCUGCGUCACCAACCGGUACAAGACUCGGAGUUGUACAGUACAGUCACAAAGGGACCUUUGAGGCCAUUCAUCUUGAUGACCCGAACAUAAACUCCAUAUCUGCCUUUACAACAGCAGUGAAGAAUCUACAGUGGAUUGCUGGGGGCACCUUCACACCAUCGGCUCUCAAGUUUGCCUACGACACCCUCAUCAGGGACAGAAAGCGAGCCAAAGCCAGAGUAUCUGUGGUGGUGAUCACAGAUGGCCGCUUUGACCCAAAUGAUGAGGAGGAUCUGCUCACGUACCUUUGUAACCGCGACAAUGUGGUGGUGAAUGCCAUCGGGGUUAGCGAUAUGUUUAAAAGCGAUCAAGAUGAUAACAUCCUGGUGUCAAUAGCAUGCAACAAGACUGCUGUCGAAAAGCUGAAGCGUUACACUGACUUGGUGGCUGAGGACUUCAUACAAAAAAUGGAGACUAACCUCUGUCCGGAGCCAGUGAUUGUGUGCCCUGAUCUACCCUGCAAAAGUGAACCUGAUGUAGCUCCAUGUGUCCAGCGACCAGUGGACCUGUUUUUUCUACUAGAUGGCUCAGAGCGCCUUGGGAGAAAGAACUUCGUGUAUGCCCUUGAAUUUUUGCGUAAGGUGGCACACACGCUUGAACUGGCUCACCACAAAAAUGAUCAUAUGCGAGCCCGCAUAGCACUAAUGGAGUUCGGCAAGGAGAACGAGCAUCACGUAGCCUUCAAUCUCACACAUGACCAUACCCUCAUCACCGAAGGCAUAGAACACAUGCAUUAUCUGGAUUCUUCCUCAAGCGUGGGGCCUGCCAUCAUCCACACCAUUGACAAUAUCUUGUUCAAAGGAAACGUUCGCACUACGAGACGCAACGCAGAGGUUUCAUUUGUUAUAAUCACAGAUGGCAUCACCGACAGCAAAAACCUGGAGGCGGCAGUUAAUGAGAUGCGUGGGGCACAGGUUGUCUCCACAGUGAUAGCCACCAGAAGUGACAUUGACCAAGAAGUCCUAUUGAAGCUGGCUAUGGGUGACGAAAAUGCCAUCUUUAAAGCAAGCGACUUCUCUAACCUGUCCCAUUCCAGUUUGUUUAACCGUUUCAUCCAGUGGGUAUGUUAAAGGGAGAUCGUACUCAUGUGGACGUGAAUGUUUUAUUGAUGCUGCUGAUGUUAAUCUAGCAUUUUAAGCAUGAGAUACUGGUUUACUAUGAUUCUACUAUGCGCUGUACAGUUUUCCAAUUAUAUCACUGCAACUGUA